UUUGUUCGAAAGAGUAGUUUUUAAAUUAAUGAGAACUUUUCACUUUUUCGUAAAUACGAAGCUUGUUUCUUGUAUGAUUACAAAAAAGCUUCUUUGAGUGAUCGGUCGACUUGAUCUGUGAAAGUUGUGAACAAUGGAUUCGUACUGCAGGAUGCCUAAUCCAGAGGCCCUCUUGAUGAGUUCACUGCCCAACGUGCUUUUUUCUGGCGAUCGGAACAGAAGCACAGUUGACGCCGCGGGCGAGCAUUCAGCCGUACCACAACACUCGAAUGCAAAUCUUUCUGGCGAGCGUUUGAACAAAGCCGACGACUGUCAAAACUUUAUUGGUGCAACUGUUCGCAGCUCAAGAGAGAUUAAUUAUACAGGCGGUGAACACAAAAGAAACGCAUUAGUAGAGAAAAAUGACGCCUCCAAAUCCAAACACGAUUUACAGAUCCGACUAAAAAGACCAAAUUACGAAAACCAGGGUAAGUCUGGCGUAACGAGUAACGAAGCAUUUAUAUCAAAUUCCACGCCUAAUAUAUUGGUUCAGCAAUUUUGGCACCCAUCAUCGGCAGCUUACAACCCAAAAAUGUUGGGAUUCCGAGAGAGUACUUCAGCAGCCUCUCGUGUACGUAGAGGGACAACUGGAGAAACUGGAGAUACCACUCUGACUGUUUUGGUGCACAGUAGAACCAACAACGACGGCAAGAAUCUAAUAAACACAAGUAGAACUGAUGAUGUGUUCAAUCCAAAUAUGGGCAACAGCAACACAAGUAGCACUGCGCGGCUUAAUUUCAACACUAUGAAGUAUCCAGACCGAAAAGCUCUUUACUUGUUGGGGCAAAAUCCGAGUGAAAUGACGGGGCAGAAAUGGCUGAACAAACUGAUUGCGAGACGAGAGCAGCGAAACAGUCAGUUCCUAGAGAGACUGAAGCAGAGGCAAGAUGCCAAUAACCAGCCACAGAAACUGAGUACCAGUCCAUUCAACACUCGCCCUCUCACCUCCCGAACCUCACAAAGAGCUCAGCAAACCAACUCGGUGGCACCGCAUAGAAUCAUCGCCCAAACUAAUUACCAACCUCAUAAUACUUACCAAACAAGCCGCCUACCCCCAACGGCCGGCAGGAGAUACAUCACAAGAGCUGCAAACUCCCCGCCGAGAACUGCCAGACGUCCUGGACACCUGGAAUCGAGCGAACAUUAUCUAAGCAAUUCCACUGGUAUGCUUAACUAUGCUAGCAACCUCCAUAGCACUUCGCCUUUGUCGCAACGCAACAGGAGUAGAGGUGCUUUGAACGAACACGAGAUAACGGUGGAUCUAACGAAAGAAAACACCACAAAUAUUGCGUAUAGGCUUCUAGGUGCUUACGUGGAAAACAACCCUGCACCCAUGACCAAAACAUUUAUGAACAUUGGCGAAGCACCCAGCAAUUUUGUUGCAGAAUAUCUCGAAGACAGGAAUGUGGAAAAAUUAGACUGCCUUUCUAUAUGUCGCCUCUGGCUCUAUAGAUUAAAUUAUGACUGGGAUAUUGUUGAAAACUUUGAUCUAACAAACGAAACUUGAAUGUGUAACGAAACUGAUCAUAACUUAAUUUAA